CUCGCGCACGCGCGGAUGUCUAUGUGCGCGUGCAUGCGCGCGCAUUGUAUAUGUGCAUGUGUGUGUGUGUGUGUGCGUACUAGCCCGCCCCCGCGCGUGUGUGUUGUGUGCGCGUGUGUAUGUUGUUAUUAUUAUCCUCCCGCCUGCCCGCGCCUCUCCUCUCCUCUCCGCUCCGCUUGUCUCCGGCGCGCUCGGCUCAGAAUGGCCAGAUUCACGCAGAGUGAAGCGAGGCGGCAGCAGCAGCAUCAGCAUCAGCAGCAGCAGACUCCCCCACAGCCCGCCCACGCCAGCGCGCUCCUCGACGCGUCACCAGCACCACUGUCAGCAGCCCCGAGCCCGCAGCACGCGCACCUCGCGGUCCCCAAGCCCAUGAGCGGCCCCGAGUCCGGCUCCGUGAUCCACGCCGACGGCGGCGCCAUGAAGGACCAGGACGCCAUCAAGCUCUUCGUGGGCCAAAUACCGCGCAACCUCGAGGAGAAGGACCUCAAACCGCUGUUCGAACAGUUCGGCAAGAUCCACGAGCUCACCGUGCUGAAGGACCGCUACACCGGCAUGCACAAAGGCUGCGCGUUCCUCACCUACUGCGCUCGUGAGUCAGCCAUCAAAGCCCAGAAUGCACUGCACGAACAGAAAACUCUGCCAGGGGUACGUAUCUCUCCCUCCCUCUAUCUUUCUUUCUCUCACAUGCAUUCUCUUGCUUUCUCCGGCUGACUCACUCAGACAGUCGUGCUUCAGGCUCACACAUCAUUUAAUCCUGAUUUUUUUCAAUCUUCUGUAUAUUAAAUAUCCACACCAGGAUCCGUACACAAUGUACACAUCCAGGUACGUCACCGAUGUGUAUAUAUUACAUGAAUAAAACAACAUUCGCAAUAAUAUCGUACCGAUUGGGGCUGUGCUUCACGAAUUUGCUUCAAAACACCUCAUUGUUCAGUUAUUUAUGUCCUCCUUCAGGUGAACUGGGAUAUUCCCGUGCAGCCUGACAACUGUGUCAUAGUGUACUGAGGGAAAGUUCAAGUUCAAG